AUGGAGCUCUACUACAACAUUGUAUCCCCGCCGUGCCAGAGCGUCAUGCUCGUGGCCAAAAAACUCGGCGUUACGUUCAACGUGAAGGAGGUGAACCCACACGUCGCAGAAGUGCGCGAAGAGAUAAGGAAGUACAAUCCUCAGCACACCAUUCCCACGUUCAUUGAAGAUGGGCACGUGAUUUUUGAGUCGUACGCCAUCGCUAUUUAUCUGGUGGAGAAGUACGGCAAAGAUGACGCACUUUACCCGAAGGACGCCAAGGUGCGUUCCGUCGUCAACCAGCGGCUGUUCUUCGACAAUGGCGUUAUGUUCCCGAGCGCCAUCGCUUACGCCAACUGUCUGUUGAAGCAAAAGAAACAGCCAACGCAAGAGAUGCUGGACAAGCUCACAAAGGCGCUUGGACUGCUGGAGGGUUUCAUCAAGGAACGAGGAUCGUUCGUCGCGGCCACUCAGCUGACGAUCGCGGAUAUCUGUCUGCUGAGCAGCGUCACGUUGCUCGGUGGCCUAAAGUACGAUCUGGAUGCAUAUCCGGCCAUUAAAGCGUGGGUUGGCAAAGUAACCGGGGAACUUCCAGACUACCCCGCAUUCCGUAAGGAGCUUGACGAGAAGAGUUUGGCAUACAUCGCUACCCUGUAA